UUAUAUCAUUUAUUUAUAUAAGGGAUAUUCUUGUGAUCUUUUUUAUCAGGUGCAACCAGAAGCUAGGAAACAAUUACAGCAGUGAGGGUUUAAUUUUUUGAAAUUGCUGUUACAGCCAGCUUCUACGAGUGAAUUUGAUGGAGACGAAGGAUCGAGGGCAGUCACACAUGGCUAAAAUUCAAGUGAUUGCAAUGUUGUUACUAAUUUUGUCUGUCAGUGCAUCUUCAUACACCAGACCUCCUGCAAGAGCUACACUGUCUCUCCCGUGGCGGGGAAAAUCAAGCCUCCAGCCAGAACAGGUACAUAUUUCUUUGGCUGGAGCUAAUCAUAUGCGAGUCACAUGGAUUACGAAUGGGGCUAAUGCACUUACAGUGGUAGAAUAUGGAACUACUCCAGGGGUGUAUACUUCAUUAUCAAUGGGCGAUUGGGAUUCAUAUUCUUUCAUGUUAUAUGGAUCUGGUAAGAUACACAAUGUUGUCAUUGGACCACUUGAAGCUAAUAAAACUUAUUUUUAUCGGUGUGGAAGAUAUGGAGAAGAGCGCAGUUUCAAGACUCCUCCAUCACAGUUUCCAGUCACUUUUUCUGUUGUUGGUGACCUUGGUCAAACGGGAUGGACCUCUUCAACUUUAGAACACAUUCAACAAUGCAAUUACGAUAUCCACCUUUUGCCAGGUGAUCUGUCAUAUGCAGAUUACUGGCAGCCUUCAUGGGACUCAUUUGCACGGCUAAUUGAGCCUUUGGCAAGUUCGAGGCCAUGGAUGGUCACGCAAGGGAAUCACGAGAAGGAAUCAAUUCCCUUAGUUAUGCCUGCAUUUAGAGCAUACAAUGCACGAUGGCAUAUGCCUUUUGCAGAAAGUGGUUCAAGUUCAAACCUUUAUUAUUCAUUUGAAGUUACAGGAGUACAUAUUAUUAUGCUUGGUUCCUAUACUGACUAUGAAGAGGGCUCAGACCAGUAUCAGUGGCUUAAGGAUGACCUUUCAAGGGUGGAUAGGGUGAAGACACCUUGGCUUAUAGUUCUGUUCCAUGCCCCUUGGUAUAAUAGUAACACUGCCCAUCAAUGUGAGGGUGAUGAUAUGAUGGCAGCCAUGGAGUCACUUCUCUAUGAUGCAAAUGUUGAUAUUGUACUUGCAGGGCAUGUACAUGCUUAUGAACGUUCUACUCGUGUCUAUAUGGGAAAUGUUAAUCCUCGUGGCCCCAUGCAUAUCACAGUAGGCGAUGGAGGAAAUCGUGAGGGUCUUGCUACAAGGUUUAUUGAUCCAAAACCUCAAUGGUCCACAUUUCGUGAAGCAAGCUUUGGACAUGGCGAACUUAAAAUUGUCAAUGCUACACAUGCACACUGGACCUGGCAUCGUAAUGACAAUGACGAGUCAGUCAAAUCAGACGAAGUUUGGAUUGAGAGUCUUAGUAACUCUGGACGGUGUGCAGAUGAUGUCAAUGAGAGUAGAAGGAAAUUUCUAUUUGCACCGUGAGUGUAAGAGAAAAAGGAAUUAACUAAUCUUGUUUUGAGGAGAAUGUUGAAGCUGUAAAUAUUAAUGUAUCCAUAUUUUUGGCAAAUGAAAUCAAAUAUAGAUGCUAAACAAUAACUUUCAAGCUUAAUAGGUCCCAUGCAUAAGCUAUGGUUUGGAUAUCUCAGCUACAUAACUUCUGGACGGAUCUUCUAACAGAUCCUAUAGUUCUUUACAGAGAAGACAUGUAGGCAUUGCCCUCUUAAGAUUUUUACUUUCUUUGUAAUAUAUAAAGAAGACGAUUUCAGGGGUGUA